CUCAUCUAUCAUAUCUUUUUCUGCACAUCUCUUUCAGGAUACAUAAUGACUAACAACUCAAAUAUGGACUGCAUCAAUAUUACUCAGAUAGUUGGGAAGAGUAAUAGGACCAAUGUCAGCAGUGUGUUUACACGGCAGGUUUUGCCUGUAUUCUACGCUGUCAUCUGCGUUUGUGCGGUCAUCGUCAAUGGACUUGCUGCCUGGAUCUUUUUUAGGGUUCCCAGCUCCUCAGUCUUGGUGGUUUACCUAAAAAACAUGGUGAUGGCAGAUGUUCUGAUGCUGUUCACCUACCCCUGGCGUGUGGCGAAUGACCUGGGUUAUGGUGGCUUGCAGUUGAAACUGAUAGUUUGUCGAUACACCGCUGUACUAUUCUACCUCAGCAUGUACACAGGAAUCAUAUUUAUGAGCCUCAUCAGUUUGGAACGUUACUUAAAAAUUGUCCGCAGCAGGUCUGGACUGUCUUCCCUUUUGCAGCGUGUUCAAGCUGGAAAAGCUCUUGCGGUGCUGUCUUGGGCUGUGAUGGUGUUUUGUAUGCUGCCAAACUCAAUUUUAACAAACCAGCCCAUUCAGAAGAAUUUUUCCUGCAUGGCCCAAAAAAGUCCACUAGGGCAGCGCUGGCAUGAUAUUUCAGUCCACUUCACCAUUGGAGUAUUUUGGGUGGCUCUCCUAUUAAUGGUGUUUUGUUAUACCUCCAUCGCUUGUCACGUGUACCGCUCUUACAAAAGGGUGCAAAAAGACAGCAGUGAAGCAGGACGACGGUCAAAUCGAAGCAUCUUCAGCUUGCUGGCUGUGUUUGUCUUUUGCUUUGUACCUUACCAUGUUUGCCGUGUGCCCUACACACUUAGCCAAAGGCCUCAGGCUGGGUAUAGUUGGCAGAACCGCUUCAUUCUCUACCAAAUGAAAGAAGCCACACUUUUCCUGUCUGCUCUUAAUGUUUGCCUGGACCCCAUCAUUUACUUUUUCAUGUGUAAGACAUUCAGACAAUCACUGCAACAGAAGAUGUCUUCUGUAAAUACUGAAUACAGGAGGCCUUCUAUAGGAACUGGGCUGAGUAUCAGCAAUCUCUGAGAGAAGGACAUUGAGAGAGAGAGAGAGAGAGAGGAAGGAAAAUAUAAGAUUCAAAACCACAUAUAUGAUUUCCUUACAUGCAAAACUGCUCCAUGACAGCCAAAAUAGUGCUGGUGUACAAAUUUGUUUCCAGGCAGUUAACCACAAAACAUUGGCUGGCAAAAAAAAUCAACCUUUAAAGGUAUAGUUUACACCAAAA